CGGCUGCCAAUCGUCAACCCAAAACCCCCACACCCAGAUUUAGUGCACUGCCGUAAGACCGACUUGGUUUCAUACAACUAACCGUUCGGUCACCGCACCAUUCCGUUAAACAUGGCAUCACUAGCAGCAAUCCGCCGCUUCCGACCGGCGAACGUCGUAGCAGCCGUCGCGGCCGGCGGCAUUGGCUUGGGUGUCAUGUCAAAGCUUCUCGUGGGAAAUGCGUCCGCAGAAUCGGGUGCGCCGCCAAAGGUCUUUGGCGCGGGCCCAGCAUUCGUAUCAUUGCCCUUGGAGAGCUCGGAGAAGGUCAACCACAACACGAAACGUCUGCGAUUCAAGCUACCUCAAAGGGAUGCCGUUAGCGGGCUCUCGUUAACAUCGGCUGUCCUCACAAUGUCAUGGCCCGAGGGUCGAUGGUUUCCCGUCGCAAGACCUUACACGCCCAUUCAGCCCCUAGAUGAUACCGGCUACCUGGAACUCAUGGUGAAAAAGUACCCUGAUGGUAAACAGAGCACACAUCUCCACUCCCUGACACCAGGCGAAACGCUUCUCUUCGCUCUAGCGAUCAAGGGCCACCAGUGGAAGCCCAACAGCUACUCUCACGUUACCAUGAUUGCAGGCGGCGCGGGCAUCACGCCGAUCUACCAGCUGGCCCAAGGCAUCCUUCGCAACCCGCAGGACAAGACGACCGUGACGCUCAUCUUCGGCGUUAACUCAGACCAGGACGUGUUGCUCAAGGAGGAGUUUGAGCAGUUUGAGAAGGAAUUUCCAGGGAGGUUCAAAGCUAUUUAUACCGUCAGCAAUCCUAUGCCAAACUCGCCCUUCAGAAAGGGCUAUGUGACGAAAGAGCUGCUGCAGGAAGUUGGCGCAGUGCCGAAGGGCAUCGAGACCAAGGUGUUUGUGUGUGGCCCGCCGGCAAUGGAGGCGGCGCUGGUUGGAAAAAGAAGCGCGCCGGGUGUGCUGCAACAAGUUGGGUACCGAAAAGAUCAAAUCUAUAAGUUUUGAAGGAAAGACCUGUAUCAUCACAUGAAGUGGAUCGAUAUCACUGGGCCAAGCACGUGAAUGGUACAUAGAGUCUGAGAUCGUCUGUCUCGUCAUCAAGCAUUUAACCCGCCUUGCUAGCUCAAUCGGUAGAGCGUGAGACUCUUAAUCUCAAGGUUGCGGGUUCGACCCCCGCGUGAGGCUCAAAUCCUCACCGCGAUUGGCAUAGCCACUCUGACGGGUUAAUCUUUUUGAUCUUGUCAUAGAGACUUGCGGCUUCCCUUC